AUGCCACCAAAGAAGAACAAGAAGGAUGCGAACAGCAUCAACUCGCGUCUUGCGCUGGUCAUGAAGUCCGGAAAGGUCACUCUUGGCUACAAGUCUACCCUGAAGAGUCUGCGAUCCGGCAAGGCUAAGCUAGUCAUCAUCUCUGGAAACACUCCUCCUCUACGCAAGUCCGAGCUGGAAUACUACUCCAUGUUGUCCAAGGCCCCCGUUCACCACUUCUCCGGCACCAACAUUGAGCUGGGUACUGCCUGCGGUAAACUGUUCCGUUGCUCCACCAUGGCCAUCAUUGAUGCUGGUGACUCCGAUAUCCUCAGCGACCAACAGGCUUAG